CCUCAGUGACCCCAUCGGUAAAGCACAGGGCCAAGGAGCGCUCUAUGGGCCUGGGGCCCUCUCUGUGUUUCUCUUAAGGGUAGACACUGAGGGAUCUGGAAGCUGUUACAUGGGCCAGUACUGCCUGUUCCACUUGACCGUGGUUCUUUGCCCAUGUUUAUAACUCUACCUACACAUCUGUGCAAACGUGUGCAUAUGUAUACAUUUUCGAAGCAGAGGUCAACAGACAGUUAGGCCCCUGGAAGUUCCUGUUCCUCAGGGAACAGGGUUGAGCUCUAUGCAGUGCUUUCACCAGACAGGGCCUGCUAUUGCAUAACAAAGGCCACGUAGAGGGCAGAGGAGAAAUACCCACAAGCCUUCACUGGGUUUUAGUUCAUCUUUUCCACCUACUCCUGCAUCAUUUUGAUCAUUAUUCCAUUCUUCAGUUCUUCCUGCCGGUGUAGACACAAGUCACCAUUAUGCAGUGUGUAUUUAUUAAAGGGCAGUUUGUUAUCUAAAGCCCCAAGCCUGAGGACAGAUGACCAUGACAUGGAUUAGCCCACAGAGGGAAAUGCCCUUGCUGGACCCUUAGGGGGGUUUCCAAAUCCCCAGCUGACCUUGGGGCAGGAGGGGGAGCAGAUUGCCUCCUCACUGCUGAGCUCCUGGUUGGAGACAUUUGGGCAGCUGGGUGACCUUGUGUGACCCCAGGCCACAGCCUUCCCUUCUCCCUGACCUGGAGGGGAGAGUGGGCCUUGACCUGAUGAGGCAGCUACCACAGCAGCCAAGGACAGUUCAGAGUACACUCUGCUUUCAGUCACACAGUCUCAACUCCACCAGGGCCAAGGCUGGUCCCCCCAGACCCCCUGGGUAUGCAAGAGCUGGCGUCCAUAGCCACGAUGGUGACAGACCGAGAGACACAACACGCAGGUAUCUACAAGCAGCAAAAUGAUCAGGAGGCCCUCAACAGUCAGGACAUCUGCAUACUUCUCCAUUCCCUAGCAGGGACUUAGCCCAUUUAACAGAUAAGGAAACAGAGGCCCAAAGUCCCCCAGCUAGAUAAUGAUUUGGCCGGCCUAGCAGCCAAGGCCAUGUCUCUGGCUACUCCUUGGACCAUGAGACUGGUCCCUCUCGUUCUUAGCUUCUCAGUUUCUGCCAGAGGCCAGCAGGGGAGAGGGUUGGGCUGGAGGGGAGAGGGGGCAGCCCCAUUCUGGCUGCUGCAUACCAGGACCCUGCAUCUGUCUUCUCUGCAUAUAUGUCUCCUUGAAAUUGGAAUUUCAUUACAUGUUCAGAAAAUAAAGGAAAAUGACUUGUAAGGUCACCCAGGCUUCCUGUAGUUUGUUUUCUUUUGGCACCACGUUCCCACUAAGGAUCUCUGAGUCUGAGAGGAAACUGGAGCCCAGCCUAGGGACUCAGUCUGAGGGGGAGCCACAGCCUGCCUUCCUGCCCCCAGGAUCCCUGGUCUUGGUGGGUGCACACGGCCCCACCCCAGAACUCCAUCUCAGGGACACAGGGCCUUUCCCCCAAUAGGGGCCUUUUUUGAUUCUAGAGUGUGGAUGGGAUGGGGAAGCAGGACUGGAGUGUGGCAACCCCAUUAGCCCCUCUGCUGUCCUCAGAGUAGGGGCCAGGGAGCAUGAGGGACUGUGCAGGUGUCCCUCCCUCCCUCACUUCGCUCACAUUCCCAACCCCACCCAUGCCUGGGGCCCGUGUUUUUGCCCGGGAGGUCACCCACCAGAGCUGAGGGAGCUUGGGGCCAGGCCUGGUGAUGUGAGCUGGCUGGUGUGGCCCGGCUGUUGCAGCUAAGAGGAGAAGGGCCCUUUAGGGCCUGCAACCCUGUGGGCCCCUCUGCUCCUGAAGGCCUGAGCCAUGCUCAUGGAGGAUGUGCCAUUUAACCAGGGAGGAGUUUGUGGCUUUUGUCAGAUUUUCUAAGGGGUCUGGCCAGGGCAGAAGAGAAGAGAGGUCCAAGUGGGCUGGCCUGUGCCCUGAGGGUGGCAGGGAGCCAUGAAAGGCCCCCUCUGUCCACUCCUGCCUCCUACCUGUCCUCAAGCAGCCCUGAGGCCAGUGUGGGCUGACAAAGCCUUUGUCUGGCCUCUUGAACUCACAAAACCCUUUCCCCCUUAUGGCUUCUCCCAGUAGUGGGGACAUAGCAAGUGUGGGGGACAUCAUUCAGUGGGGGAGAGAUGGAUAGUCAGAGACAUGCCCCAAAGUCACAAGACAAGUAGGUCUCUGUCAAACUGAGACUUGGAGCCAGGAUCCUGACACUCUCCUCACCCCCCAACAAACAUACACCCUUAGGGCUAGUUUCUCAAAACAGGGACAACUAUACUGGGAAGCUGAGUGCCCCAUAAUAAGGAACAGACCCUAUUUUAAUGGGCAGGUUUGUGCCUUCCAUGAGGGCCAGAGUCUGGGAAUCUCAGAAGCAUCAGUCUUCUGGAAAUCUCACCAGGCCACGUGGGCAGAUGUCACCGUAGGUGUGGCUGAGAAAAGGUGUGGGCUGAGCAGGGAAGGGGUGUCCGGGAAGGUCCUGGCACCCCAGUACUGCUCUAAGAGACAGCUUGUUCCUGCCCCCCUCUGGUAGAUGCACAGCUGAUGGAGAUACAAGGGCGGCUUGGCAGGGCCAAGGGCUGGGCCCCCCUGGUGAAGCCUGGGCCAACGCCAUGGGAACAGACUUUCUUGCUCCAGUGUGCACUGGGUCACUGUGGGUGCCACUUGCACUCUCAGCCCAUGUAUCCUCCAGGCUGAGAGGACAGGGUGAGGCUAACAGGAUAUGGGCUGGCUCACUGCAACCCGGGCACACGUGUGAAGAUGUGCUGAGGCCAUCUCCCCAUAGCCUUUCUGGUUUGUCCCCUUCUCUUGACCCAUCAUGCCAGGUGUGAAGCCCUCUCAGUCCCCACUAUGGGCCCUGGCCACCUCCACCUCAAUCCCUGUUCUUCCUUUGCCACCCCCUGGCCUUCAGGGCAGAGCCUUUCUUAUUAAUUAUUUAGUUAAAACUUCUAGAAUUCUAGUGUCAAGAAGCAGGACCUGAAGUUGAGUUCAGGGAACUGGUAUUUCUUGAGCACUUACUAUGGGUGAGCAAUGUCCCUGGAUCUUCACAUAAAGUCUUUCUUAUCUCUACAUCUUUGGAAGGUAGAGAUGACAGCCCUCAUUUAUAGAGGGCACUCAGGCCCCUGAAGAUAAGAUGAUUUGCCCAAGAUCACACAGCUUGUUGGUGAUGGAAUUGCAAUUUGAACCUGCUCUGCUUGGUUUCAAAGAUUGGGCUUUUUCUACUAUGUGGUGCUGGCCCCUUUUGUCAUGACCUCUACUAAGUUUAGCUCUAGGCCAGCUUCCUCUGCCUUCAGGGUAUUGGAAGGAGGAGGAAGGAAGGAGAAUAGCCCAUUGAAGGGGACUCCAGUACCAGGAAAAGCGCUGUUCCUUCCAGCAUCAGCUGGAUGUAGUAUCUGUUUGAGACACAUUGGCACCACCUAGCCCCAGGCUGCUCCCCUGGUGCUGGCCGCACCCCAGCCUCUCCAGUGCCCUCUAGGCCUGACUCCUCUAUCUGGGAGGAAAUAGUCUAAUAAACUUGCUCUUCCACCAGUUGUCCUCUCCACAGAAUAUAUGAGAAGGGGAGGGUAAUGCUGCACCUUGAGGGAUAAUAAUGCACCUUGAGGGGUCUCUGAUGCCCAUUUGGGCCUGGGGCAAUAGCUUUGGGGCCAGAUUGUCCCAGACUCUCAUCUUCUGGUGUAUGGGUUCAGUGCUUCACUCACUCCAUUUCCCAAGGGUCAUCCACACGCUGCUCUGCUUGUGUGCUGUCCAGCCCAGCACAGAGGAGAGGCUUUGGGGGAAAAGCUGGAGUACAGUGGAGCUUCUGGAGCAAUCAGAGCUUUUGUCUGUUUUGUUCAUAAAACUUUAAUGGAGAGAGUGAAUUUUCUAGAAGAUUCUGUGACUUAACCUUCAUCUCUUGGCUGCCGAGCAUUCAGGUGACCACACAUGUGAGGUACUCUGGUGGGAAGCACCUAUUACCCCCCUUCAUAUGGGUCCCUGCUGAGGCCAGACAGCAGGUUACUCCCUUGGACCGUCCUAUGGACCAGUGGAGACGGCACAUGCAAGUGGCUCAGCUGGCCUGGAAGGUUGUGCCUUCUGCACUUGGGCCAGAAGGAAGCAGGAUGGAAUCUAGCAGCCAUUGGAUCCUGGAAUAUUUAUCCUUCCAAUUAACUCACAAGAGCAAAAGGUUGUGGUUCCAUGUUGCCUCACCUGUUCUGAGGUUUCAGAACCCUGGCCUAGAUAACACAAUUUUCCAAAGCCUUUUAGAGGGAACAUCAGGCAGAACCCUGUGAUGGAUGUUCAGAUCAAUUUGAAGUGAACUUUAAGUUGCACAUAUACAGGCCCUCAAACAUGGGUCCAGUUGGUCUUGGGUUCUAAUCAUCCAAGAGUCUGGAGUCCUUGCAGACCCAUCUUUCCCUUUUCUUCCAGAGUCAAGGGGAUUCCUAUUUCCAGGCCCCAGAGAAGUGCUGAGAGGUCUAUGGGAGGAUGAUUGAUCUUUGAUACUACCUUCAACUGAGUGCUGAAAAGGGGGCAAUUCUGGCGGUAGGGAAGGCGAGGAGGACUUUGCCUAUGGCGGCUUCAUCCCUAGCCCUCAAGAGACAGUUUCCACCAAUACUCUGGGCCCGUGUGCGGAGAGGCCACUGGGGAAGGGUGCUCAGAAAUUUUAAUUAGCUCGUUCUGCUUAGAAUAAAGCCGUGCUGAUGUAAAAUGAUUCCUCAAUCCAGAUGUGGCGGGGGCGAGGAGUCUGCAUCAUUCAUGAUUCGAGUCAGGCUGUAAACAUGUCUGGGGUCACCAGCAUCCAGCCCAGCAAGCUCUGGGAAUGCAGACCUGCACACAGAUGUCAGGGCCUACCAGGUGCUGGGGCAUCCAGGGCCCUCGGAGACAAAAUGGGCUUUCAAAUCUCAGUGCUGCGCAAGAUCUAGGGUGGCCCAGCUCCAUGAAACCCUUGCAAGCCUCCCACUCAGCCUCAUUGUUCCCUGUUGCCAUGAGGACUUCCAGAGAGACUUUGACAAGCCCCCGUGUGAAGUUCAGAGCCUUGAUAUCUGAGGACUUCACCUCGCGAUCCAGCCUGGCAUCCAUGCCCGGGAAAGAAAGGAGCUCCUGCCGAUAGGCCCCUCCAGCCCUGAGCCCACCUUCCAGCCCUGUGGAUGAGGUUGGAAAACUGGGGCUCCCUGAGGGCAGGCCCAGGUCUUCUUCUCUGAAUCGCCUUCAUUUUGGGGGAGUUCUCUCCAGUGUGGGCCAGCAGAGGGCUGGAUUCAGAGAAGAAAGUGCUAAAGAAUAAUGACCUACUGGGCAAGAAGUGUCCUGUGACUGUCCCCUCUCUGGGUGCUUGCUAUCACGAUAAACACCCAGAGUUGGGGGGGGCUCAGCCCCUCCUUUGUGGAGACACAUAGUCUCACCCCAGGGUCUUGUGCUGGGCAUGGUGUCCUGCAAUCUUGUGACUAUUCAGCCUAAUCCAGUGAAUAUUCAGUUUUCUCCCCUUUGCUGGCUCCUGCCUAUGCAAACAGCCUCCUGGGAAGGGGAGGCAAAGGGUGCUGUGGCAGCCAGCAGCAGGGGACAGUGGGGAAGGCAAGCAGGCAGGGCUCACGGAGGUGACUGAGGGAGCCACUGCUGAGCCCCCACCAUGGACAGCGGGGUGCGGGGAGCCUGUGUCCUCUGCUUGCUGAGCUCUUUGCCGAUCGUACUGGGCUACGUGCAUCCAGAGUGCAACUUCAUCGCGCAGCUGAGAGAGGAUGAAAGCACCUGUCUGCGCGCGGUGGAGGGGAUGGCCAACACCACCGUGGGCUGCCCCAGGACCUGGGAUGGGCUGCUGUGCUGGCCGAUGGCAGGCCCUGGCGAGUGGGUGACUCUCCCCUGCCCAGAUUUCUUCUCUCACUUCAGCUCAGAGCCAGGGGCUGUGAAGCGGGAUUGCACUGUCACAGGCUGGUCUGAGCCGUUCCCGCCUUACCCUGUGGCCUGCCCUGUGCCACUGGAGACGUUAACUGAGGAGAAAUCUUACUUCGCUACCAUGAAGAUCAUCUACACCCUGGGCCACAGCAUCUCUGUCGUAGCUCUCUCCGUGGCCAUCGCCGUCCUAGUUGCUCUCAGGAGGCUCCACUGUCCACGGAACUACAUCCACACCCAGCUGUUCACCACCUUUAUCCUCAAGGCAGCCGCUGUGUUCCUGAAGGACGCCACCCUCUUCCGAGGGGAGAACACGGACCACUGCAGUUUCUCCACGGUUCUGUGCAAGGUCUCUGUGGCUACCUCCCAUUUCACCACCAUGACCAACUUCAGCUGGCUGUUGGCAGAAGCUGUCUACUUGACCUGCCUCUUAGCCUCCACGUCGCCCAGCACAAGGAGAGCCUUCUGGUGGCUGGUUCUUGCUGGCUGGGGGCUUCCCCUGCUCUUCACUGGCACGUGGGUGGGUUGCAAGUUGGCCUUUGAAGAUGUUGCGUGCUGGGACCUGGACAACAGCUCCCCCUACUGGUGGAUCAUCAAAGGGCCCAUCGUCCUCUCUGUUGGGGUGAACUUUGGGCUUUUUCUCAAUAUUAUCCGCAUCCUGCUGAGGAAACUGGAGCCAGCUCAGGGCAGCCUCCACAGCCAGUCUCAGUACUGGCGUCUCUCCAAAUCAACACUUCUCCUCAUUCCACUGUUUGGAAUUCACUACAUCAUCUUCAACUUCUUGCCCGACAGUGCUGGCCUGGGCAUCCGCCUCCCCCUGGAGCUGGGACUGGGCUCCUUCCAGGGCUUCAUUGUUGCCGUCCUGUACUGCUUCCUCAACCAAGAGGUGAGGACUGAGAUCUCACGGAGGUGGCAUGGCCAUGACCCUGAGCUUCUGCCAGCCCGGAGGGCCCUCUCCAGGUGGUCGAUGCCUUCCCGCUCGGGGGCGAAGGUGCUGACAUCCGUGUAAGAGGCUGGGCACAUCAUACAGCUAGAGUCUACACCCGAACUUGGACAGCUCCUGGGGCCCCCACCCUCUGGAGGAGCGAGAGGGCCUGGUGCCCCCGAGAGUCCUCAGGCCGUGUCCCACACAAGCUGCUGCUGGCCCUGAGCAGGUGCAGCCUGUGCCCCCUGUCCCGCACCUGACUGUUUCCUCCCAGGCCCCUGUGUGUCUACCUGCGACUUCCUUGGUUCCUCUGGCUCUGUUCCUCUCU